AUGGCAGAAAAUACAGAUAUCGACGCCAUCCUCAAGAGCCUGGCCCUCGGGGAAAAGGUCCGGCUCCUCGCCGGCCGCAACUUUGUCGAGACUGGCGAUGUGCCAGAGAAGGGAGUCCCGGCAAUCAAGACCACCGACGGCCCCAACGGCACUCGCGGCGCCGCCAUCGACGGCAGCACCAAGGCGGCCUGCUUCCCGGCGGCCUGCAGCAUCGCGGCGACCUUUGACCGCGAGAUCGCCCGCAGCGUCGGCCGCGCCCUCGCCCAGGAGUCCAAGGCCAAGGGCGCGCGCUGCCUGCUCGCGCCGACGGUGUGCAUCCACCGCCACCCGCUCGGCGGGCGCAACUUCGAGAGCUACAGCGAGGACCCCUUCCUCGCCGGCAAGCUGGCCUCGGAAAUGAUCCAGGGGUGCCAGAGCCUGGGCGUCUCGGCCACCAUCAAGCACUUCGUCGCCAACGAACAGGAGACGGCCCGCACCACCAUCGACGAGACCAUCUCCGAGCGCGCCCUGCGCGAGAUCUACCUGAAGCCCUUUGAGAUCGCCGUCAAGGAGGCCCGGCCGUGGGCCAUCAUGUCGGCCUACAACCUCGUCAACGGCAAGCACUGCGACUCCAACGCCUGGCUGCUCAAGGAGGUCCUGAGGGGCGAGUGGGGGUGGGACGGCCUCGUCAUGAGCGACUGGGGCGGCACGAACUCGGUGGCCGAGGGCAUCAACGCCGGCAUGGACAUCGAGAUGCCGGGCCCCCCGAGGAUCCGUAAGCCGGCCGCCGUCUUGGACGCCGUGAAGAACGGCGAGGUCACCGAGGCCGCCAUCGACGAGCGCGUGCGCACCAUCCUCGAGUGGACCGAGAAGCUCAACGGCUUCCGGGACCCGACCAUCACUGUCGAGAAGGCCAUUGAUCGGCCGGAGCACCGGGCCCUGAUCCGGGACGCCGGCGCCCGGGGCAUCGUGCUCCUCAAGAACGACAACGGCAUCCUGCCCCUGACCAAGGAGAAGGUCAAGGGCAAAACGAUCGCGCUGAUCGGGUACGCCAAGGACGGGCUCGCGCACGGCGGCGGCAGCGCGAGCGUCAACGCACACUACCGGCUCUCGCCGUGGGACGCGCUUCACUCGGCCUUUGGGGACGACGACGACGUGACCUUCACCUACGCCAAGGGCGCUCACAAGGAGCGUCUCCUACCGCCCAUCACCAAGGAAGCCACCGGCAGCAACACCGUUGGCGCCAUCGUCGGCCUCGACGGCCAGCCGGGCUUCAGCCGCGUCUUCCACGACUUCCACAACCCCGGCGCCGACCCGGUGUCGGUGCUCCACGAGUACCCGAACUCGGCCUACUCCCCGCUGGGCUCGCAGGAGUCCAUGUGGAAGACGCUCGACAUCGUCGGCGAUUUCACGCCCUCGGAGACGGGCACACACUACAUCGCCUGCUCGGGGAUCGGCCCGACGCAGGUCUGGGUCGACGACGACGUCGUCUUCGAGCAGAAGGGCAACUGCGCCGACCCGAUGGGCGCCCUCUUCCUCGCGGCCAACGAGCCCGAAAUCAAGCACGCCUUCGUCGCGGGGCGGACGUACCGCCUGCGCGUGCACAGUGAGCCGCCCGCGCGGAUCGGCCUCGAGAUCCUCGAGGGCCGCACCGGCGUGCGCAUGGGCUUCGCGCUCGAGUCGGACCGCGACGCCGACCUGCAGGGGGAGGCGGCGCGCGUGGCGUCCGAGGCCGACGUGGCCAUCGUCUUCACGGGCCACGACCCGCAGUGGGAGACGGAGGGCCGCGACCAGGAGUCAUUCCACCUGCCGUGCGACCAGGACGGGCUGAUCGGGGUGGUGGCGGCGGCGAACAGGAACACGGUCGUGGUCAACUCGACGGGCGUCGCCGUCGCGAUGCCGUGGCUCGGCGACGUCGCUGCCCUCGCGCAGUCGUGGUUCCCCGGCCAGGAGUGCGGCAACGCCAUCGCCGACGUGCUCACGGGCGCCGUGUGCCCGGAGGGAAAGCUGCCCGUCAGCUUCCCGACGCGCGUCGAGGACGCGCCGGCGCAUGGGAACUUCCCCGGCGAGAGGGACGCCGGGGGCCGGCUCCGGGUCGAGUACGCCGAGGGCGUGUUUGUCGGGUACAGGCACUACGACCGGGUCGGAAAGGAGGUGUUGAACUUCCCGUUCGGCUACGGCCUCUCGUACACGACCUUUGACUACGCCGGCUUCCGGGUCACCAGGAAAGCCGACGUGGCGGAUGAGUUUGAGGUCUCGGUGGACGUGUCUAACACGGGAGCCGUCGCCGGUGGGGCCGUGGUGCAGGUCUACGCCGGGAAGACGGAGCGGUCGGCGGAUACGCCGGUCAAGGUCCUCGUGGCGUUCGACAAGGUCCGGCUGCAAGCCGGGGAGACGCAGACGGUGAAGCUUAGUGUGACGGCCAAGGACUUUGCCUCGUUUGACGAGACGGAGCGGCAAUGGGUCGUUGAGGCAGGGGAGUACAGCUUUUACCUGGGUGAUUCUGCGGCCGAGGUGUUGCAGACUGCUGCUGUGACUCUGGACAGGAUCACGUACCGUCGGUAG